AUGUGCAAAGUCAUCAUGAUCAAACAGGAAGCUGGUGGUAGUGAAAAGGAACAAGUUAAAUGGUCAGAAAUAAUGGAUUAUGCGUACAUCCAAGCGAUGAUUAAACAACAAGAGAUAGGCAAUAGGGUGAAUGGUAGUUUCACACCAACUGCAUAUGCUCAAAUGGUUGAGGAAUUGAACACAAACCAUCAAAUGGAUAUUACCAAAAGUCAUUUGAAGAAUCGCUACAAAACCUUAAAAAAAACAUUUUUCGCAAUGUCAAAACCUGAGGAUGUGUCGUUAAAGACAAAAAAGAUUGCAUACUUCGAUGAGAUGUUGAUGUUAUUUGCAAGGGAUAAGGCAUCUGGUGCACAUGCUGAGACAGCGAAAGAAAGAAAUGCCCGAUUAAAUAAAAAUGAAAAUAUUCAAGUUGAAACAAUUAAAGAAGUUGAUGACAUGUUAGCUAACAAUGAAAUUCAUUUGGAGAACAAAUAUGUUGAUCUUGAUGAUAACAUUCAGGAUGUUAUUCCACCUCCUUUUUCACAAGAACAGUCUUCAAGUGAAAAGAAGUGUAAGAGUAAAAAGAGGAAAUUUGAAGACGACGACGAAGAAGAAGAUAUUAACUCAAAGAUAAUGAAAUCGGUUGAUAAUGUGGCUGGUGCUAUCAGGGAGGGUAAUAUAAUUUUUGAUAGAGCUUAUCCUCGGGAAUAUACAGGGGAAGAAAUUUAUAGAGAAUUGGAGUUGGUGGGUUUGGAACCCCAUGAAUUACCGAGGGCUCUAAAUUUUUUGGCAACAAAUCAAGCAAAAGCUAGGACAUUGUUCAGUUGUCCCCUUCAGAUACGGAUGGGUGUCCUCAAAGAUAUGAUGGGUGCACGUGAUUAAAUAACCUUGGGUGAUUGUUACUGGAUUGAUCUAAUGCGUUUAUGAUUUUGGUUUUUUUUAUUUUUUUUGAGUUGUUUGUGGUUUUCGUUUUGCAUCUUGAAAACAAUUGAAUAACAUGCGGUU